GAAAUUGGAAUGUGAGAAAUUAGCGAGCGAAAAAACAGAGAUGCAGAGGCAUUAUGUUAUGUAUUACGAGAUGUCCUACGGCCUGAAUAUUGAAAUGCAUAAGCAGGCUGAGAUUGUCAAGCGGCUGACUGCUAUCUGUGCCCAGAUUAUCCCAUUUCUCACACAAGAGCAUCAACAGCAGGUCUUGCAAGCCAUGGACCGGGCCAAGCUGGUGACGAUGGGGGAGCUGAACAACAUCAUUGGGCAGCAGCAGUUACAACAUCUGUCCCAUCAAGCACCUCCGGUUCCCUUGACCCCACACCCUUCGGGGUCUCAGGCUUCUACCUUGGCUGCGGUCAGCACCACUGCGUCUGGGCUCCUGGCCCUCUCGGGGAUGUUGGGGGCUCAGAGCACCCUGGGGUCGAAGCAAGAAAGCUCUGGGCAGGACUCCGAAAACAAUCAAGCUGACUGCGUUCCAAGAAACCCACAAAGUCGGAGCAAUUCUGCGUCUCCUCCAGAGAGUAUCCGAGGUGAAGAACGGGGCGAAGACCGCGGGGCGAAGGCCAAGCUGCAGGACAAGGAGGAGGUAGGGCGUUAUGAAAGCGAUGGGGAGAAGAGCGAUUGCAACCUGAUUGUGGACGAGGACCUUCCUUCGGAGCACGGGAGCCCACUGUGCACCUCCGCGGCCCAACUCCUGCCCAGCCAAAGGGGCUUUACCAACAGUCCAGCCUCGCUGGCAUCUAGCUGCAGCCCCACACCUCUCAAAGGCAAGGACCCAACUUUGAAUGAAACCAAUCCAGCUCCUUGCAAAUCAGCCAGUUUGUCUCCAGUCUCCGAAAUACUCACUCCCCGGCCUGGCCCGAGUUACGUGCCUCAGAUUGCAAAACCAUCCACCACCGACGUUAUCACCUUGCGGAGUCCGCUAAAUUCUUUCACCAGCCAUUUUGGUUCGUCCUUUGGGGUGAUGCCUCACGCUACCCUCAAUGGGGAAUUGUCUGCACCGAGUUCCUACAUCAGCAUCCAUCUUUCUGCAGGCCCCGGAGGCUAUGGACGGUCUCCUCUGGUGGCUUUUGAAUCGCACCCACAUUUGCGGGGAUCGCCCCCCUCGGCCUCCCUCCCUGCUAUUUCCGGCUGCAAGCCGGCCUAUUCCUUCCACGUGAGCGCUGACGGGCAAAUGCAGCCGGUGCCCUUCCCUCCCGACGCCCUGAUCGGCUCCGGCAUCCCACGCCACGCCCGCCAGCUCCACACGCUCUCCCACGGCGAGGUGGUCUGUGCCGUCACCAUCAGCAAUUCCACCCAGCACGUCUACACGGGGGGCAAAGGCUGCGUCAAGGUCUGGGAUGUGGGGCAGCCGGGCACCAAGACCCCCGUGGCACAGCUGGACUGCCUGAAUCGAGAUAACUACAUUCGAUCCUGCAAGCUUCUUCCCGACGGCCACAGCCUCAUCGUUGGGGGCGAGGCCAGCACCUUGUCCAUCUGGGACUUGGCGGCCCCCACGCCCCGGAUCAAGGCCGAGCUGACCUCUUCCGCCCCGGCCUGCUACGCUCUGGCCAUCAGCCCCGACGCCAAAGUCUGCUUCUCCUGCUGCAGCGACGGCAACAUCGUGGUCUGGGAUCUGCAGAACCAAACCAUGGUUAGGCAGUUCCAAGGUCACACAGACGGGGCGAGCUGCAUUGAUAUCUCCAAUUAUGGCACCAAACUUUGGACCGGCGGUUUGGACAACACCGUCCGGUGCUGGGAUCUCCGCGAAGGACGGCAGCUGCAACAACACGACUUCACCUCGCAGAUCUUCUCCCUGGGCUACUGCCCCACGGGGGAGUGGCUGGCCGUGGGGAUGGAGAGCAGCAACGUGGAAAUCCUCCACGUGACCAAAUCGGAGAAGUACCAGCUGCACCUUCACGAGAGCUGCGUCCUCUCCCUGAAGUUCGCUUCCUGUGGCAAAUGGUUUAUCAGCACCGGGAAAGAUAAUCUGCUUAACGCAUGGCGGGCUCCCUAUGGUGCCAGCAUCUUUCAGUCCAAAGAAUCUUCCUCGGUUCUGAGCUGCGACAUCUCGGCUAAUGACAAGUUUAUCGUGACCGGAUCAGGAGACAAGAAAGCCACGGUUUAUGAGCUGGUCUACUGAGCCAUGUUCCUCAUUUCGGACGGCUAGGAGAUCCAAACGCUUUCAUUUCCCUGGGAAAAUGUAUUUUCUCCACUGGCUUCGGAGACGGUGGUGCUGAAACGGCCUUUGCGCUUCCAACCCUCCUUGCAGACGCAUGAGGACUAGAAACUUGAAAGAGCUGAGAGUCUCAGGAAGAUAUUUUUCCUCCCUCAAGAAGCAAAUUUUUUUUCCAGAUCCCCAAUGGAGCAAAAUCUUUUCAUUAUCCCCCAGAAGGGGCUGGAAGAUCACUUCAAAGUUUGACAUGUUGAGUAGCCAAUCCACAUCAGGCUCAUCUGAGCCCCGCCCACAUUCCAACCACCUAAAUGCUGCAGUCAUAUUUUCAUUUUUGAAUGCAAGCAAAAAAAAAUAGGCUGCAUUUGCACCUCGCAAAUAGAUCUACAGGUUGUCCCUGACUUAUGACCGGUUGCUUAAUGACUGUUCGAAGUUACGACGGACCCUAGAACUUAUGACCUGGUUUCAAAGUUGCAACCUCUUCUUCACCCCUGUGGUCCUGUGACCAAUAACUACUUUUUGACUAGGUCUUCAUUUGCAGCACCCCAUGGUCAUAUCAUCACGAUUUACGUUUUUGCUGGGAACCGGUUUCUGGCCAAAAAAAA